ACCUAUCGAGGCCUCGUUGCCUCUAUUCCUUUGUUCCCAUUUUCCACCACCUUUUCUCCCCCAUCCUUCUCCGACGUCGUCCUCGGAUCUUCUUCUGAGGUGUCCUUGCUCGGUGACGCUUACAUCUUUCACCUUCUCUCUCUCUCUCUCUCUCGUGAAAGCGAUUACAAGCUCUGCCAGAUAUAGAAUGCUUCAGGCUGUGACAGGUAGUUUAGUAAAUUAUUGAUGCUAUUAGCAUAGCUUAUUGAGUCUGUGAAGACAGCUGGUUUUCUGAGAAGGGUUAGUGAAAGUUACUGCAUGAUGGCUAGCUCUACAAAAAAUCUUGAUCCAGCAUUUCAGGGAGUUGGCCAAAAAGUGGGGACAGAGAUCUGGCGGAUUGAGAACUUUCAGCCAGUUCCUUUGUCGAAAGCUGAUUAUGGAAAAUUCUAUUCGGGAGACUCUUAUAUUGUUUUACAGACAACUGCUGGAAAGGGAGGUGCCUAUCUAUAUGACAUUCACUUUUGGCUUGGAAAAGACACCAGCCAAGAUGAAGCUGGAACUGCUGCAAUCAAGACUGUUGAACUUGAUGCAGUCCUUGGAAGCCGUGCAGUUCAGCAUAGGGAACUCCAGGGUCAUGAAUCCGACAAGUUUUUGUCAUACUUCAAACCAUGUAUUAUUCCACUAGAGGGAGGUGUUGCUUCUGGAUUCAAAAAGCCUGAGGAGGAAAAGUUUGAAACACGUCUCUAUACUUGCAGAGGAAAACGGGUUGGUAGAUUAAAGCAGGUUCCAUUUGCUCGCUCUGCACUAAACCAUGAUGAUGUGUUUAUCUUGGACACUGAAAACAAAAUAUAUCAAUUCAAUGGUGCUAAUUCUAAUAUUCAAGAAAGAGCCAAAGCUUUAGAAGUAACACAAUAUUUGAAGGAUAAAUACCACGAGGGAAAGUGUGAUGUUGCAAUUAUUGAUGAUGGAAAGCUCCAGGCAGAGUCCGAUUCUGGGGAAUUUUGGGUCCUAUUUGGUGGCUUUGCACCAAUUGGCAAGAAAACUGUUUCUGAAGAUGACCAUACUCUGGAAUCCACUCCUGGCAAGCUUUAUAGUAUUGAUGAUGGCCAGUUGAAGCUAGAAGAAAGUGCACUAUCCAAAGCCAUGCUAGAAAAUAACAAAUGCUAUUUACUGGAUUGUGGGGCUGAGGUAUUUGUAUGGGUUGGUCGGGUAACAAAAGUGGAGGAUAGAAAAGCUGCUAGCAAAGCUGCUGAGGAAUUUAUCAUUAAUCAAAAUAGGCCAAAGGCGACACGCAUAACUCAAGUUAUUCAAGGUUUUGAGACCCAUUCAUUUAAGUCCUACUUUGAAUCUUGGCCAGCUGGUAUUGCAACAUCUGGUGGUGAGGAUGGAAGAGGAAAGGUAGCAGCUUUGCUAAAGCAACAGGGUGUUAAUGUAAAGGGCAUGACAAAAGGGGGUCCAGUUAACGAGGAAGUCUCACCUUUGCUUGAAGGGGCUGGAAAAAUUGAGGUGUGGCAAAUCAAUGGAAAUGCCAACACCCCAGUUCCUAAGGAAGAGAUCGGUAAAUUCUACAGUGGAGAUUGUUAUAUUGUUCUUUAUACAUAUCAUUCAAGCGAGAAGAAAGAAGAAUACUUUUUAGCUUGUUGGCUGGGAAAGGACAGCAUUCAGGAUGAUCGGAUGAUGGUGAAUCAAUUAGCUAACACGAUGUGCAACUCCUUGAAAGGGCGACCUGUUCAGGGUCGCAUUGUUCAAGGGAAAGAACCGCCCCAAUUUAUUGCACUUUUUCAACCUAUGGUUAUCUUGAAGGGGGGAAUCAGUUCUGGGUACAAAAAGUUAAUUGCUGACAAGAAUGUUAAUGAUGAUACGUACACUUCUGAUGGUAUUGCACUUAUUCGAGUAUCUAGUACAUCAGUUCACAAUAAUAAAGCAGUACAAGUUGAUGCGGUAGCAACAUCUCUUAGCUCCACUGACUGUUUCUUGUUGCAAUCUGGAAAUUCUGUUUUCAUUUGGCAUGGGAGUUCUAGUACCUUUGAGCAGCAGCAGUGCGCUGCAAAAGUUGCAGAAUUUUUAAAGCCUGGUGCUAUGCUGAAACAUGCCAAGGAGGGUACAGAGAGCUCUGCAUUUUGGUUUGCACUUGGUGGAAAGCAAAGUUAUACUAGUAGAAAGGUCACACAGGAUACUGUUAGAGAUCCUCACUUGUACACCUUUUCCUUUAGCAAAGGAAAAUUAGAGGUUACUGAAGUAUACAACUUCUCGCAAGAUGAUCUGUUGACUGAGGACAUAUUGAUACUUGACACUCAUGCAGAGGUCUUCAUUUGGGUUGGUCAGUCUGUGGAUCCUAAGGAAAAGCAGAAGGCCUUCGAAAUUGGUCAGAAAUACAUGGAGCUUGCAGCAGCCUUGGAAGGGUUAUCUCCAGAUGUACCACUCUACAAAGUUACAGAAGGCAACGAGCCAUGUUUCUUCACUACAUAUUUCUCCUGGGAUGGAACAAAUGCGGUUGUUCAAGGAAAUUCUUUUCAGAAGAAACUCUCCCUGCUAUUUGGCACUGCCUUCCAAGCUUCUGAGUCCAGUGCCAGAUCUAGUAGUCCAAAUCAUGGUGGACCUACACAAAGGGCAUCUGCAUUGGCUGCCUUAUCUUCUGCAUUCAAUCCUUCUAUGCCCAAAGCUGCAGCUCCAAAGCCAUCUCGUUCAAGCCAGGGAUCACAGAGAGCAGCUGCAGUUGCCGCACUAUCAACUGUUCUAACUGCCGAACAGCAGGCAGCACAAUCUGAAGGCAUCGCUAAUCGAUUCAGGAGCAGAAGCCCCUCCCCAGAACCACCAGUUGCUGAUAGUGUUAAGACUGAUGAUACAAGCACUGAGAUGGGGGAUCCAGUAGAAAUUUCAGCAGGAGAAAGCUUGGAGGAAAGAAGAUCAGAGGAUAAUGGAGCCGAUUCUGAGGUGAAAGAUGAUUCACCUGUAGAUGAGGAUGGAAGUGAACGUAUAUUCAGUUAUGAACAGCUAAAAUCCAAGUCCACCAACCCUGUUAGAGGAAUCGAUUACAAACGAAGAGAGUUUUAUCUGUCUGAUGAUGAGUUCCAGACUAUCUUUGAGAUGACAAAAGAGGCAUUCUACCAGCAGCCCAAGUGGAAGCAAGACAUGCAGAAAAAGAAGGUGGAUCUUUUUUGAGCAUGUGUAUGGAUAUACUGGUCUUUCCAGCUCUCAAGUUCGUAUUCUGUCAUGCUGCUAUGUUUGGGUUGAGAUGUGGUUGACAUACAACUGUUUCCUGCUCUCAAGUUCUUAUGUUAUCAUGCUGCUGUGUUUGGGUUGAGAUGUGGCCGGUAUGCUCGGUUAAAGUGGCUUGCUGUAUGCUGGCAACUAUAGCUUAUUACGUGGGUUGAUUUUGCAGAGUUGUAGGCAAUUCUUUCAUUUGUACCAGCGUCUCUUUGGUCACUUACCAUCUCUUGGUUUUGCUUAAUUUGUUAAGAUUUUAGAUGCGUAUGUAGGUAUUCUCAUCUGAUGCAUAUGGCAUUUUUCCACUUUUCAAAAGUGAUAUUGAAUGUAACGCAUUCAAAUUAACAACAGACUUCUGGUUGAAUUCUAUUAGUGUCUACUUGUGAUAAA